AUGAACAGGAGUAAGCUACGAAUAGCGAUUUCAUAUCGUUCAAAGACCUAUCCAAUCACGCUCGAAGAUAUAUCGACCGUAUCUGCUUUUCAAGACCUGAUAUUCGAUACUAUUGGGGUGCGGCCUGAAAACCAAAAAAUCUUGGUGCCACCCAAAGCACGUCAGUUACUCCAAACACUACGUGCUGGCACGACUACCCAAACUACAAUUCGAGAUGUAGGUUUGAGCGACUGCAUGCAGAUCACUGUCAUUGGCGCCCCUGAUGAUGAAAUAAAGGAGGUCCAGGCUGAAGAGGAAAAAUGGGACAAGGCACGGGCGAAACGACGACAACUUCAUCCAAGUCUGUUGAAGAAUACCACGCCUCAGAAACGUUCAGUGGUGGUCCCAGAAUCUGUGUUUGGCAAGAAUGUGGUUCAUGCAUCGAUCCCUUCGUCGAAUCCCUUGCACGCCAAAAUAUUUUCUUACUUAAACCGACUUGCAUCCGAUCCUGCUAUCCUGCAUGUUUGCCACUUACAUGGCUACAAGGUCGGCACACUCACCGAGCUUUUACCGCAUGAGCACCCAGAUCUUUUGGGCUUAAACAUCAACAUGGGUGACACUAUUUUACUUCGCAUCCGUACUGAUGCGGCUGAUGGCUUGCGUGACUAUAAAACAACGCGGCGAGUUUUACUCCAUGAACUUUGUCACAACGAAAUAGCGGGGCAUCCGCCAGAAUUUAAUGCCCUCAACAGCCAACUAAACCGUGAAGUCGAAGCAUUUGAGCACAACCAAAUACUAGGUACACACAGGCUAUCUACAGAACCUGUCUAUGAACCAGCCAGUAAUGUGCCUGUGGAUGCUGACGAAGAGCGCGAAGAACGUCGCAGGAAGAUCUUAGCAGCCACCGAAAAACGUUUAGCGGACAUCGACCAGAAUAUCCAGAGUCAGUGUGGAGACUCCAAAAAGGUACCUUUUUCCAAGUAA